AUGUCAAGGAGGAAUUCACCAUCCCCACCCCCAGCCAAGCGGGCAAAACGAACCAUGGACGGGCCCUCCAACUUCGAGAAUCCGAACGGGAACCACAACGCUCUCCCCCCUCUGUCGUUAUCGAUACUAGGCGUCGAACCACUCGACGAGUUCAUCAAGGAAAUUGCAGACUUUAUUCACCAUAUGAUCAUGACACGUCCAAAUAUGCCGGGGCAGGUGGAAGUUGAGGCCAAAAUUGGAGUGCUGCGCGAUCUUUCCGGUUCGAGGCUAUCGUUACCAGUGCUGGUGGAAACAAUUCUAGUUCCCGAUACUAUAGAAUGCCGUUUCGAGUCCAAUAUGUCAAUGCACCAACAUAAACAUUACAAUAAUCUCCUGAACAACUUAAUGAAUACUUCACACCAGUCGAAUCGCCCCUCUCCUCCUCUGGAGUACAACCAUUUGCAUCUUAUUGACACUUUUUACCCAGUCGAAGGCCAACGACAGAAAGUACGAGUCACGAGAGAGGAGCAAUCUGGGAAAGUCCAGGAAUGCAUGAAGAAAAUCCGACUGGGGGACUUGAAUAUCUACAGCCCCAAGCGAGCAGCUGAUUGGCGCGUUUCGGUCAAUCUGGAAGUUCCAGUUCCACACCCAGUAGGAUCAGCAUCCCUGACGAGGCGGAAAGAUCGCCUCAGCUACUCUCACGAAGAGUAUAAAAUUGACUUGACUCAAGUAACAUCAACAACGUCACCCAAUGCCCCACCUCAAGUGAUUCACGAACUUGAAAUAGAGAUAGCUCGUUCAGAGCUGUUAUUAUCGACAGCGGCUGUGCGUGGCGAUCCGAAUGUCUCAGAACAAGAACGUAGUGCCUUCGACGAGCUGAUACGCGCUUUCGUCAACAACGCCAGGAUUCUCGUCCGAAAUUCCAACGACGGGUGGCAAUAA